UCCUCCUCCUUUCUCAGUGCUCAAACUGUGGUCACCUGACCUACAGAAAAUAUUACGCAGAGCGUAUGGGUAUGUUUGUGUUUGUGUUUGUGUGUCGUUUAUCAAUACGUUGAAGACAUGGCAACCAAGAUGGAGCUUGCACCUUUCAGACCGUGGAACGAUUUCUUCCCCGGAACGGACCGUUUUGCUAAACCAGAGUUCGGAGAUUUAGCAAAGUGGAACAACAGAGUGAUCAGUAAUUUACUGUACUACCAGACGAAUUAUUUCGCCGUGGCUCUGGUGGUUUUCGUCAUUGUUGGGUUCAUGAACCCACUGGGCAUGUUUCUGGGAGGAGCUGUGGUCACGCUGGUCUUCAUGGGUUCAGUGUGGGUAGGAGAGAACAAAGCUAUCAUCAAGAACUUCAAAAAGAACAACCCCACCCUGUUUGUCAUUGGGGUUAUGGUGACCAGCUACUUUCUGCUGUCUCUCUGCGGUGGUGUCAUGGUAUUAAUCUUUGGUAUCACCUUCCCUCUGCUGUUGAUCCUGAUCCAUGCCUCUCUGAGACUGCGCAGUAUGAAGAACAAACUGGAGAACAAGAUUGAAGGUGUCGGGCUGAAGAAGACCCCCAUGGGCGUCAUCCUGGACCUCCUGGAUCAACAGGAGGAGAAAAUUAAUAAGAUUCAGGAUUUUAUUGAAAGCAAACUGAAGGAUUAAAGCUCUAGUGAAGAGUGUACCAAAGGAAAACAGUGUCAUACAAUACAGAUUAAAAUAGUAUUGUGUUAAGUUUUCAUCCCCGAUACACAUAAAGUUACUGAAGUUUGCAUUCCCAUACUUUUUAUCCUAUUUUUGUUUACUUUAUCUUAUAUACGCUUGUGGUGGUUUACACUGUCCAAAGCAUACAGAUGGUUACUAACAACAAGAUUUGCACAAUCACUAUGUGGAUUCGAUGUUGAGAGGCACCGGCCAAUAAAGCUUACCAAAGGUCUGAGCAUUCCUGGGUUCCAAAAAAAAAGAAGCUCCCUUGCUUACAACCCAUUUUCUUCUCCAUGAUGCCUGUGUAUUUAUUUCAGCAAAAUAAAGCAGAAUGUCUGAACACAGUGCAAGUAUUAGAUAUUGGUUGUAUUUGUUCUAAAAAAGAAAUCAGAUCCUUUCAGUUGGCUACCUCUGAAAAGCAUGUUAAACGUUCUCACCGAGUACACCCAACGCAGUUAAAUGCUUAUUAAACAGCAGUGACUGUGGACUUGUUAUUUCAGGUUCUGUUCAUAUACUGAGCUGAGACCAGUCAUAGUCUCAUGUCCCCAGUAAUAAUCCUGGUGUUUAAAUAUUCCCAUUCCGAAAAAUUUGUCCAUACAGUUCCUGACUAUACAAGCUGGUCUGAGUGUAUCCCCUCUAAUCACAGCUAUGCAAUAUUGUAAAACGAAUGGCAAGUGCAGCUUUAUUGUUUAAAUAUUAUGUGAUGUGUGUUUAUUGUAAUGUCUCUUUAUUUUCAUAAUACAGCAUGCAGAAAUGUAUAAAAUGACUCCAGGGUACAGAGUAUACAUAUAACCUGAGGCCAAAGUAUGGAUUAAACUGACAUUUUAACUUACCUCUUCAUUAGUAAUUACUGUACUAGAGACAUCUUGUGCUAUUUCCCAUCAAGUCCACUUUCCCUCUAAAGAAGAGAAAAUAAGUAAGUGUUCAUUUUAUACGGCUACUGCUGACAGUAAAAGCACUUGUUUCCUGUUGCUUUUCACACAUUGCCUGCAUGCUUCGUUCACACCUGGCAGGUUCAGAGAGACAGUUUGUUAUAUGGAUGCUACAUUGUAUAUUAUCUGUUUUUAUGUGACUUUUUCAUCCUUGACAAAUGAUGAAAUCACAGAACCGAAAAUACAUCUGUCCCCUAUGAAAAUAAAAAUAACUUCAUUUA